GCCCUCGUCGACGCCAUUGAUCCGGGCCCGCGCCCUGGCAAGAUGGAGGGGGGGCCUGACGGCGAGGCGCAGAUGCGGCAGCAGUGGUUGCGCGCGGUUCGCGAGACCGCACAGUGGGAACACGAGUUCGUUUUGCUUUAUUCCGACGGCACCAUCCCAGCUAUAGCGGCAGGCAAGUCGUCGGAGCAGCCGGCGUCCAGUUUGCAGUGCGCGUCUUGUAAAUGCGAGAGGAUGAGCCGUGCGUUCGAAAAUUUCAUGAAUUGCAGAUCCGAGAUUACUGCGCCGCUCGACGCUUGGCAGGCGCCCGCGCAGACGUUGCUCGCGGCGUGCAAGGUUGCUGACGACGUGAUCACCUCGGUGGAGAAGGCCAUCGACGCGCCCGCGGGCCACGCGCCUGACUUGGCAGAGGUCCUAGGAAGGCAUGGCGCCCUGAAGGUGAAUGUCGCUGGCGCAGUCGAGCGGGUCAAGGACGUGAGCCUCGGAGACAUUGACAGCGGGCGCAUGUUCUUCCUCCAGCGGCACAACCUCGUUGUCUCGGCGGCCGUCGACACCUUGAGCAACAUUGAAGCAGGUAGCGUCGCGAGACUGAAGGUCACCGGCUGCGUUGCGGACACCUUCCUGAAGUUCGAGGCUCAGCUCGACACGUACACUGCAUGGUUGACGAGUUCAUCAGCGUCUAAGGAUGAGGCCCAGGAGGGCUGGGGCAAGGACAUGGGCAUUCAGCGCAGGAGUUCGACGGCAGUGAAGGCACUAACGAAGAUGGAGCAGAAUAUCUCGGGGCUCUUUGACCAGAGGGCUUCCGAGCUUGCCGACGUCAUCUACAAGUACGCCCCCCCGAGCAGCCUCCUGGACAACUUCCGUCUCGUCGGCGAUGAGGUUUUGCUGAAGAACCUCGCCAAGCCGCCAGCCUGA